CGGAGGGAGGCGGGAGGUGGGGGUGCGCUCCCGGGGGCGGCGGUUGCCCGGAUGGGCCGUUAGUCGGAGCCCAGCCGCGGAGUGAGCGAGGGAGACGGGAGGAGCCGAACCCGGCGCCAUCCGCCGCCAUCCGCCCCCGCCCCACUGCCAUCCUAUCCCGGGGACACCCUAAGCCCGGGUCCCGGGCCCCCGCGCACCCGGCUAGGCUCCGGCACGUUUUGGGGGAGGUGCCUGCAGGACCCAACGUACUCAAUGAGCUUCCAGCGCAAUGUCCGAUCGCUUGGGGCCGACUGCCAAGGGGAAGGAUGGAAAGAAGUAUUCCUCGCUCAACCUGUUUGAUACAUAUAAGGGCAAGUCCUUAGAGAUCCAGAAACCCACUGUUGCCCCUCGCCAUGGCCUGCAGAGUCUCGGGAAAGUUGCUAUUGCCCGGCGUAUGCCACCCCCUGCCAAUCUUCCAAGCCUGAAAGCUGAGAACAAAGGCAAUGACCCAAACGUCUCACUAGUGCCGAAAGACGGAACAGGAUGGGCAAGCAAACAGGAGCAGUCCGACCCCAAGAGUUCCGAUGCCUCAACCGCUCAGCCGCCGGAAUCGCAGCCACUGCCGGCUUCACAGACGCCUGCCUCCAGCCAACAGAAACGACCCCCAACAGCCCCCGAGAACACUCCUUCGGUUCCAAGCGGGGUAAAGUCCUGGGCGCAAGCCAGCGUCACCCAUGGAGCACAUGGAGAUGGUGGAAGGGCAUCAAACCUACUGUCGCGAUUCUCUCGAGAGGAAUUUCCGACCCUGCAGGCGGCUGGCGACCAGGACAAGGCUGCCAAGGAAAGGGAGUCUGCCGAACAGUCGUCUGGGCCCGGACCAAACCUCCGCCCCCAAAAUUCUACAACUUGGAGGGACGGAGGUGGACGUGGUCCUGAUGAGCUGGAGGGCCCGGACUCCAAACUUCAUCAUGGCCAUGAUCCCCGGGGGGGCCUGCAACCUUCAGGCCCACCCCAGUUCCCUCCCUACCGCGGAAUGAUGCCGCCCUUUAUGUACCCUCCCUAUCUCCCAUUUCCUCCGCCCUAUGGACCCCAGGGGCCUUAUCGAUACCCCACUCCUGAUGGACCUAGUCGUUUCCCACGUGUGGCAGGCCCUCGUGGCUCAGGGCCACCUAUGCGCCUUGUAGAGCCUGUGGGUCGGCCUUCCAUUCUGAAAGAAGAUAACCUUAAAGAGUUUGACCAAUUGGAUCAGGAGAAUGAUGAUGGUUGGGCAGGGGCGCAUGAGGAGGUUGACUACACUGAAAAGCUUAAGUUCAGUGAUGAGGAAGAUGGACGAGACUCCGAUGAAGAGGGAACGGAGGGCCACAAGGAAUCCCAGUCAUCUGCUGUUGAGGAACGACCUCCAGAAGCUGAUAGCAAGAAGGGCAAUUCUCCUGGCAAUGAACCGCCCCCUCCCAAGACUGCCUGGGCAGAGACCCCUCGGCCUUCAGAGACAGAACAGGGACCUCCUGCCCCAAAACCUCCCCCGCCCCCACAUCGGGGCCCCACCGGGAACUGGGGCCCCCCCGGGGACUACCCAGAUCGUGGAGGCCCUCCCUGUAAGCCCCCAGCACCAGAGGAUGAGGAUGAAGCAUGGCGCCAGCGUCGAAAACAGUCUUCAUCCGAGAUCUCCCUAGCCGUGGAGCGGGCGAGACGACGGCGAGAAGAGGAGGAGCGGCGUAUGCAGGAAGAGCGACGGGCAGCCUGUGCUGAGAAGCUCAAGAGACUUGAUGAGAAGUUUGGGGCACCUGACAAGCGCCUCAAAGCAGAGCCAGCACCCCCACCUGCCCCCACUGCUCCUGCUCAGCCACCUACAGUCCCUAAAGAACUUCCAGCAGCCCCUCCAUCUGCACCAGCUCCAGUGCCAGAGAAAGAGCCAGAGGAGCCAACACAGGCCCCUCCUGCCCGGUCCACUCCCACUCCAGGUGUGGCUCCAGCUCCCACCCUAGUGAGUGGUGGUGGCAGUGCCAGUAGCACCAGCAGUGGCAGCUUUGAAGCCAGUCCAGUGGAACCCCAGCUGCUCUCAAAAGAGGGCCCUGAACCACCAGAAGAGGUUCCUUCUCCUUCCACACCUCCAGCUCCAAAGGUGGAAUCCAAGGGUGAUGUGGUUGGUCCAUCCCGGCAGCCCCCCAGCCAGGGCUUGGGCUAUCCCAAAUAUCAGAAGUCAUUGCCUCCUCGUUUCCAGCGGCAGCAGCAGGAACAGCUCCUAAAGCAGCAGCAACAGCAACAGUGGCAGCAGCAUCAACAAGGCUCAGUUCCACCUACUCCAGUGCCCCCAUCACCACCACAGCCUGUGACCAUGGGGGCUGUGCCAGCACCACAGGCCCCACCACCACCCCCCAAGGCCUUAUACCCAGGUGCUCUAGGCCGGCCCCCACCCAUGCCUCCAAUGAACUUUGAUCCUCGAUGGAUGAUGAUUCCUCCUUAUGUAGAUCCUCGGCUUCUGCAGGGACGACCCCCUCUGGAUUUCUACUCUCCCAGUGUGCAUCCCUCUGGCUUGGUUCCCCGGGAGCGUUCAGACAGUGGGGGCUCAAGUUCAGAGCCAUUUGAGCGUCAUGCACCUCCACUCCUACGGGAUCGGGGUACUCCACCAGUGGAUCCAAAGUUGGCCUGGGUAGGAGAUGUCUUCACCACCACAACUGCUGAACCCCGUCCGAUUACUUCCCCUCUGCGUCAGGCUGUCGAUGAGGAUGAUAAGGGAAUAAGGAGCGAGACCCCUCCUGUGCCUCCCCCACCACCCUAUCUGGCCAGUUACCCAGGCUUUCCUGAGAACGGAGCCCCUGGACCUCCAGUUGCUCGAUUCCCUCUGGAGGAGCCAGCACAGCCAGGGGGCCGUCCACUUCCCUGGCCUCCAGGCAAUGAUGAAGUGGCCAAGAUACAAACUCCACCACCAAAGAAGGAAACACCCAAGGAAGAAACUCCACAACUGACAGGGCCUGAAACAGGCCGAAAGCCCACUCGUGGAGUUGGUGGCCAAGGCCCCCCACCACCUCGUAGAGAGAGUCGCACUGAAACCCGCUGGGGCCCUCGUCCUGGCAGUAGUCGUCGUGGCAUACCUCCAGAGGAGCCUGGGGCUCCUCUCCGCCGGGCUGGACCUAUAAAGAAACCCCCACCACCUACUAAAGUUGAGGAGCUGCCUCCCAAGCCCCUUGAACAGAGUGAUGAAACGCCCAAGGUCCCAAAGCCAGACCCACUCAAGACAGUGAAGGGGAAGAUAGGAGGGCCCAAAGAGACCCCACCCAGCGGAAAUCUUUCUCCUGCUCCAAGACUUAGGAGAGACUAUUCCUAUGAGAGAGUGGGUCCUACCUCUUGCCGGGGUCGGGGCCGAGGGGAGUAUUUUGCCAGAGGAAGGGGUUUUCGGGGAACAUAUGGGGGUCGGGGUCGGGGAACCAGAAGCAGAGAGUUCCGUAGUUACAGAGAGUUCCGAGGAGAUGAUGGCCGUGGAGGUGGGGCAGGAGGCCCAAAUCAUCCUCCUCGAGGCCGCACAGCCAGUGAGACACGAAGUGAGGGUUCGGAGUAUGAAGAAAUCCCCAAGCGUCGCCGCCAGCGAGGCUCAGAAACAGGCAGCGAGACCCAUGAGAGUGAUCUGGCCCCCUCGGACAAGGAGGCCCCACCACCUAAGGAAGGCAUGCUCACCCAGGUUCCUCUUGCUCCCCCACUAUCAGGAGCCCCCCCUUCACCAGCCCCAGCUCGAUUUUCCACCGCCCGAGGUGGACGAGUUUUCACUCCCAGAGGGGUGCCAUCACGCAGGGGCCGAGGGGGAGGACGUCCACCUCCACCCAUUUGCCCAGGUUGGAGCCCUCCAACCAAACCCCUGGCUCCCAAGAAGCCGCCUACAGGUCCUUUGCCAACAAGCAAGGAACCUUUGAAAGAGAAACCAAUCCCAGGCCCUCUGUCCCCCAUGGCCCGGGUAGGUAACAAUGGAGGCAGCAAUAUGGGCAUGAGUGUAGAAGACGGGGAGCGACCCCGAAGGAGACGGCAUGGGAGGGCUCAGCAGCAGGACAAACCACCUCGUUUCCGGAGACUGAAACAGGAACGGGAGAAUGCUGCCAGAGGGGCAGAGGUUAAGCCCUCUCCCCUACCCCUUCCAGCCUCUGCUCCUCUCUCAGAGGAAGCUCUCACCACAGUAGCAGUGCUUCCACCUCCUCGCAGGGCAGCUGCCAAGUCUCCUGAUCUUUCAAACCAGAACUCAGACCAAGCGAAUGAGGAAUGGGAGACUGCAUCAGAGAGCAGUGAUUUUGCCAGUGAGCGUCGGGGAGACAAGGAGGCUCCCCCACCAGCACUGCUAACACCCAAAGCUAUGGGAAGCGGGAGCAGUGGAACUGCACCAGGCAUUUCAACCUUGACUCGUGGAGAUUUAAGCCAGAGAGCCAAGGAUUUGAGCAAGCGGAGCUUCUCAAGUCAGCGACCAGGCAUGGAAAGGCAGAACCGGCGCCCAGGCCCAGGAGGCAAAGCUGGCGGUGGUGGUGGCAGUGGAGGAGGUGGGGGUCCUGGAGGGAGGAGUGGCCCUGGACGAGGGGACAAGAGAAGUUGGCCAUCUCCAAAAAACCGAAGCAGGCCUGCAGAGGAGCGUCCUCCAGGGCUUCCUCUACCACCUCCUCCCCCUAGCAGUUCUGCUGUCUUCCGCCUGGACCAGGUUAUCCACAGCAAUCCUGCUGGCAUCCAACAGGCUCUGGCCCAGCUCAGCAGCCGCCAAGGGAAUGCAACUGCACCAGGUGGUCACCCAAGAUCCAAGCCUGGGCCUCCUCAAGCCCCUCAAGGUCCCUCCCCUCGACCCUCAACCCGAUAUGAUACCCAGAGGGCCAACAACAACAUUAAUUCAGACCCACACUUCGAGGAGCCAGGGCCGAUGGUGAGAGGGGUGGGUGGGACUCCCCGGGACUCUGCCGGGGUUAAUCCCUUCCCCACCAAACGCCGGGAACGGCCUCCCAGAAAACCGGAGCUGCUACAGGAGGAAUCUUUGCCACCUCCUCAUAGCUCUGGAUUCUUGGGCCCCAAAACUGAGGGCCCAGAUCCUCAGGGGGAGUCCAGAGAUGCAGGAACAGAAACCCUGACCCCUCAUAUCUGGAAUCAUUUACAUACUGCCACAAGCCGAAAGAGUUACCAGCCUGGGUCCAUGGAGCCCUGGAUAGAGCCCCUGAGUCCUUUUGAGGAUGUGGCUGGCACAGAGAUGAGUCAGUCUGACAGUGGGGUGGACCUGAGCGGGGAUUCCCAGGUGUCAUCAGGUCCUUGCAGCCAACGAAGUUCCCCAGAUGGAGGACUCAAGGGGGCAGCAGAGGGACCUCCCAAGCGGUCUGGAGGCCCUUCAACCCUGAAUGCUGUUCCUGGUGAGGGUCCAACUGGCUCUGAAACCUCUGAACCUCCUAGGAGACGGUCACCUGCCACCCAUGAUGGGGACAGAAAGGAGCUACCCCUGGAACAACCUCUGCCCCCUGGCCCCAUUGGCACAGAACGAUUACAGCGAACAGAGAGAGGCCCAGAGCCUGGCUCCCUCCGGCCAACCCGUCGGCCUGGUCCCCCAGUCCAGUUUGGCACCAGUGACAAGGACUCGGACUUGCGCCUAGUGGUAGGAGACAGUUUAAAAGCAGAGAAGGAGCUAUCAACAUCAGUCACUGAGGCCAUUCCUAUAUCCCGAGACUGGGAACUGCUCCCUAAUGCUUCUGCCUCAGCUGAGCCACAAUCCAAGAAUAUGGGUUCUGGGCCCUGUGGCCCAGAGCCCAGCUCCUCAGGCCAGCGCUUGUAUCCUGAGGUUUUUUAUGAUAGCCCAGGGCCUCCCAGUUCUCAGGUCUCAGGGGGAACCAUGGACUCUCAGUUACACCCUAACAAUGGAGGCUUUCGCCCUGGGACACCCUCACUACACCCUUACAGAUCACAACCUCUGUACCUACCCCCGGGCCCAGCUGCCCCCUCAGCACUGCUAUCUGGGGUAGCAGUCAAAGGCCAGUUUCUGGAUUUCUCAGCCUUGCAAGCAACAGAGCUGGGGAAGUUGCAGGCUGGGGUUCUCUACCCUCCACCUUCCUUCCUCUACCCUCCAGCUUUUUGCCCUAGUCCUUUGCCUGAUCCGCCUCUGCUUCAGGUGCGCCAAGAUCUGCCAUCCCCUUCAGAUUUUUAUUCUUCUCCUCUGCAACCUAGUGGCCAAAGUGGCUUCCUACCCUCGGGGGCACCUGCCCAACAGAUGCUUUUACCCGUGGUGGACUCACAGCUGCCUGUGGUGAACUUUGGAUCCCUGCAGCCAGCACCUCCUCCUGCCCCACCCCCUCUUUCUCUGUUACCUGUGGGCCCUGCUCUACAGCCCCCUAGUCUGGCUGUGCGGCCCCCACCUGCUCCUGCUACUCGGGUGCUGCCUUCACCUGCCAGGCCCUUCCCUCCUAGCUUAGGGCGAGCAGAGCUUCACCCAGUGGAACUAAAGCCCUUCCAGGAUUAUCAAAAAUUGAGCAGCAAUCUUGGGGGACCGGGGUCAUCACGUGCUCCCCCAGCUGGCAGGUCCUUCUCUGGCCUCAAUUCCCGCCUCAAGGCCCCACCUUCCACUUACAGUGGCGUCUUCCGCACCCAGCGUGUUGAGCUCUACCAGCAGGCCUCCCCGCCUGAUGCCCUGCACUGGAUGCCGAAGCCUUGGGAGCGGACAGGGCCACCUUCUAGAGACAGGCCCUCCCGGCGGGCAGAGGAACCUGGGUCCCGAGGAGACAAGGAGCCUGGGUUACCCCCACCCCACUGAGGAAAUUCCCUUUGCCCCCCCAAUUCCUUCCCCCGGGGCAUGUAUAUAGAUUAUAAAUAUAUAAGGGGAAAAGGGGUGGGUGGGGAGGGGAUUGUGGGGCUAGGGCCUCACUUCCCCUCCUCCCCCUUCCCCUGGCCCCCUAUCCCUGGGGCCAUUUGUUAAAAAAGAAUAAUAAAAGGAUUAAAAAAAUGUUUGGGGGAUGGGUUAUUUAUAAUCACUUGUAUUAUACAUAGGGUAGUACUGUGUGAUGUGUACGAAUGGUUUCAGUUAAUUUUGUGACCUAUUGUAACAAAACUUGAACAGGUCUUUUUUUAAA